GCUGACAAAUGGAGCGGAUGCGGGGAGGUGGUCGCUGAUGCGCCCCUCCUUUAUUUUCAACCUUGCGCGACCUCCGAAUGGGAAGUCCUACUGACCGACACCUUCAGCACGCUCAGGAGGGCGCGGAAUGUGUCGGCAUUGCUGUGGCUUCCCAAGUCGGACAACAUCCAGGGGUGUGGGGCGCACCCGGCGAACCACUUCCGAGACAGAAUUGCGCUUGUGCAGCGUGGCGGAUGCUACUUCUCUUGGAAGGCGGUCCUGGCCGAGGAAGCCGGUGCUUUGGCGAUUGUGAUGUACGACACCACCGAGGAUCAGUCGACAGCUGUCCUCGCCAUUGCCGGCCCCUUUCCAAAUCCAAGGAUCGCUGGCUACCUGAUCUCCCGAGAGGAGGGCUCCGGACUACGAGAAAGAGUGGAGAAUGGGGAGGAUGUCGAGGUAUUGUGCAGCUGGAGUCCGGUGGAGGUUUGGUUCGAGCUCCCGGGCUACUCUCCAGAGUUUAACGACACACUGACGUUGGAGAAUGUCGGUGAUGAGGACAUGGCGUGGGUGAUGGAUGUGAUCGACACCAACGUGACUUUUGAACAGGAUCCAUUUUUUGCUUCCGCCAUCGUGCCGGCACCUGCAUCUUUUAGCUCGGGAGGAGCUACCGGGGGUGCGGAGGUUUGGUACAAUUUUUCGGCGUUCAAUGGCUCCGUAGAACUGGACGACGAGGCUGAGCUGUUGCCCUUGCCCUUCGCUUUUCCGCACUACCUGGAGUAUCACGAGAGUGCCUGGGUGUCCUGCAAUGGGGCGCUCAUUUUGGACCCGGUUUUGGAUGACAUCACUAGAAAGGCGGCAAUCUUGGGCUCGGGUGUGGGGCCUCAUGACGUACUCGCUGCAAUGUGGGCCGAUAUGACCUGCCCGCAGGAGGCCAAAAUUUCGGCAUUUCGAUCGCGUGCUGCGGACAGCCAGGGGGUCGAGAAAGUGGCCGUCCGGUAUGAGGGACUGCUGCUCAAAAGCGCUUCGAUUGGUCCCUUCGAUUUCGAAGUGUGGCUGCAUAGCGACGGACGAAUCCUCUACUUGUUCGAGGAGUUCCCCACCAGCAACCUCACUGCCCUGGAAGGCAUUCAGGUCGGCGCACAGCCAGCGACCGGCGCGAAAGCCUUGAGCAUCGGAUCCUCUUUGCCAUGGUCCUCGGGGGCUCCACUGGCA